AUGACUGGAUCAAGGUUAUCUGGUGAUGAUAUACUUGGGGAUACUGUUUGUCGAACAUCGCAACAUGAGGCGACUGGCCGUGAAUUAGUGUCAGAGCAACGCAAGCAACACAUCUUAUCAGAUCUGUCCCUGGAUGACAAUAGCAGUUGUGUCCUAACAGGAAAACAUGGGGCUAUAUCAACAGGUCACGCAAAAGAAUCAACAUUCGCUCUGAUCCGAGAAUACCACCAUGCCCUGAAGUCAAUGCAAGACAGUGACGAUGAGAUGUCCAGUGACAGUCUGGACUUGGCCUUGUGUGAGGAGGACUCUGCAGAUGAUGAAGACUUCAGAGCCCAGGCCCACACGGACAGCUGCAGGUCCACAGAUGACAGAGGGAGUCCUGCCAGUGCACAUUUAGACCACCACAGAGCCUUUGGUCCCCCUGCACAUGAACAGGGAGAGAGGGAUUUGUCCGCUGAUGAAGCCCAGCAGCUGUCACGACUAGUGCGGGUGAUCCACGCUCUUAGAUCUUGGUCUGAUUCUGAUUCUGAUGACUCCAGCGAUGACAGUCCUUCGCCGCAUUCUGACAUUUCCCCCAAUCUGCAUCUGAAAAGCUCUGACGCAGUGCACCAAAACCGAACAUCACUGAACUCCUCCACCUCAACAGAGAUGAGCGGAGUGGACCAGAUUGGUUGUGAGGACCCCGACCUGGAAGCAGAUGUGACGGAGCAAACAGUGUCCAGACUGGAGAGGGAGCUGAGGAUGUUGGUCAAGGAGAGUGGGUCAGAGGUCUUCACUGUUGCUCUCGGUAACAGCAGAACGGAGAAUCCUGGAGGGAAUCGCCUGUACACUCGCAGAAGAAUGAGCAAGGAAGAAGAAGACGAAGAGGAAGCUAUGCAGAAUGACCAGAGGAGCAUACUUUUACUACCUUGA